AAAUCCUCCUGUUUUUAUUGGUGCUUGCAACCCAAGAUGGUCUCAAAUUCCGUGUCGCCAAGUGCCGAUUCCGAACGUACAAGCGAUGGCGACGACGAGCAACUGACACUCAUAGCAAUAUACAAUUCGCGCAGUGGGAGCCGGCUCGCCAAGAAGCUAGCCGAACUUCCCGUUCCCCACAAAGUAUUGCCCAAUGCGCGUUUAUGGUGCUACAAUCUUCGCGACACGGAAUCGUUCAAUCGAGGCUUGGAGCAUAUUCAAAAACAAAUCGAACUAUCUCUGAAUAAGCAGAACCAGGAGUGUGGUCGACCGAGACCAAAUUGCUGGGUGUUGUCAUGCGGUGGAGACGGUACAGUUCCCGCAAUUGUUGGUGCGCUCAAUGAACGUAGUGUACCUGUCUUCAGUGAACGCGUUGUCUUUGCCGUUUUACCCUUUGGUACGGCAAACAUCCUGGCCCGCUUUCUCGGAUGGGGCAGUUCGAUGCCAAAGGACUACAUGGACUCAUUAUCAGAUCUGAUCGAGAAGAUCGUACAAGCGCCCGUCGCAAUGGUGGAUCUAAUGCGAGUGGAGGUUUCUGGGUCUAAAGAUAGGGAUGACGAGGCUAAGCAGAGUCAUCCUGACUAUAGAUUUGAUGAACCCGCCCGUGACACACACUACAUGAUGCUGCAAGUGUGCAUUGGCCUUGAAGCGCGGUUCGGUCGGUUCAUUGAAAAGCAUCGGUCAAGCUCACGGAUCUGUAACAUGCUAAUCUCCAGCUUCAACGUGCUUCGGCAACUCCUCCUGCCGCACCCCCACAUCAACCACGUCAUAUCUGCCAUACACUCUCAAACUCCGUCGUGGUCACCAACCAUGCUCGCAUCGCACACUGCGAUCCAAUUGAACCUUCAAAAUAUCCCAGUAGCAGGAGGGAAAGACCAUUCGCUCUGGAAUUGGAACGCAUCAGCGGAUGCGCGACACAUGCCAUCACAAAAAAUUGAUGAUAACAAACUAGAAGCAUUUGUAUAUCCUUGCAAACAUCGGUAUUUGGUGAAUAACUUCCUUGCGGCAUUUCGGAAGGAGACAGAUGUGGAUGCCCUCGGACAAGUUGAAUGCCCUCUGAAGAUUGUAUUUGAUACCAGCCAGAAGGACCUUGCCCAAACUUAUGUGUACAUUGAUGGGGAAUACAUACAUAUACAACGACCAACGGAACUGUCAAUCGAAAGGGCAGGGCAGGUAGCGCUUGCCAUCCAUCCCGAUAGGGCCGUCGCCGUGAGAGAGUUUCUCUCCUCAGAUGAGAAUAUUAGAGAUAGCGCUGUCUCUUUAGCGGCCAAUACACCAUAGCAUGUGCCUUUUGGCUUUAGCUUUGUAGAGUUUUUGAGCCUGUAAAUGUUUGCUGAAGCGUAGAAAUAAACAUGCUCACGCAUUGCA